UUUUGCGUCGCUUGUCCUCACACGCUAAAUAACACUAAGUACUGACUAAAAAGAAAGAAAGGCAGAAAAGCGACAACAAUGUACUCUACGAGCUCCACGAUGCUGCUCCAUAGACGUGAACGUUUAGCUCGGCGCAGCACGCAACCGGAGGUGUUCACGUUCGAGCACAUCCCGGCGGCGGCAAGCUGCCCGGCGGCCGCCCGGCCCAAGAAGCGCUGCACCCGGGUCAUGUACCCCGCCAAGGUUCGCAUGCACCUUCCGCCUCCGGAGAAGAGCGCGACCAAACGCUGGCUGCUUCUCCUCGUCCUUGUGCUGCUGUGGCAGAUCUACACCGAGGAGCCUAGCGCCGAGGAGCCGACAGGCAGCGCCCACAGCACGGAGGACUACCAGGCCUUCCCCACCGGCGGCGACGUGGCUCCGGCGGAGGCUGCCUCCAGCGUGUGCGAGGCGGACGCACCGGCCGACGACUGCACCACCGCCGGGCCCACGGGAAACGGCUACAUGGUGGCCCUUCUCGUCUACCACCGCCUGGGCGGUGAGAACUAAACCAACCGAAGUUCCGCGGUGGUUCGACGCGAAAGCAAGCCGAGCAUGAAGGAGCCGAGCGGACGGGCAGCGACAAGCACGCCCUGCUGCGGCUGAGGAAAGAGCUCCGCGCGCCGGCCUGGUGCCUGCCGGAGGCCCGCUGAGUCCUGGAGGAUCCUGGAAGUUCCAGAAAGAACACAGCAAACUGUGAACUUUUACCAGAAACUUGAAUUCGUCAUUGACUGCACUUCAUAACUGACUGUUGUCUUGUCUUAUUUAGUUAUUUAUUUAAUAUUAUUAUUAUUAUUAUUAUUGUUGUUAUUUGCUAUUUAUUGAUCUACACUUUGAAUAAAAAAAUGUAAAUGAA